GGGGUCUUUCCUUAGAGUGCCUUCGCGGAGGCUGUGAGAUCAGAGGAAACGGCCUGGAAGAGCUGGGGCUUGGGCGAGACCUAGGAGCUGUCACCGGAGAGCGCCAGGCUCGCGUUCCUGGCCAGAUUCCGAGCUGGCAACUCUGGCUGAUUUAGCUCGUGGGCAAAGGGCAGUCUCUGAGCUCCUGGCAUUCCUGAAGCAGUGUCUUUUGUAGUAGCACCUGAAAUGCGGAGCCCGGUGCCCUAAGCGAUUAGCGGCAACACCAGCCACAGCGACAGCGCUGGGGCCCUGUGUAGAAGCUCCAUCCCCUUGUCUUUGUGUCAGCCUGCGUCCCCAAACCCAGAGGCAGAUUACCUUGGAAGAUCUAAGACUCUGAAAAUGUUUCCCUUGAAGGAUGCUGAAAUGGGUGCCUUUACCUUCUUUGCCUCAGCUCUGCCACAUGAUGUUUGCGGAAGCAACGGGCUUCCUCUCACACCAAAUUCCAUCAAAAUUUUAGGGCGCUUUCAAAUCCUUAAGACCAUCACCCACCCCAGACUGUGCCAGUAUGUGGAUAUUUCUAGGGGAAAGCAUGAGAGAUUGGUGGUGGUGGCUGAGCACUGUGAGCAGAGUCUAGAAGACUUGCUUCGAGAAAGGAAGCCUGUGAGCUAUCCAAAAGUUUUGUGCAUAGCGUUUGAGGUACUUCAGGGCUUACAGUAUAUGAACAAGCAUGGUAUAGUACACCGGGCACUGUCUCCUCAUAAUAUCCUUUUGGAUCGAAAGGGACAUGUUAAAUUGGCUAAAUUUGGACUUUAUCACAUGACAGCUUAUGGUGAUGAUGUAGAUUUUCCAAUUGGGUAUCCAUCAUACUUGGCACCUGAGGUAAUUGCACAAGGAAUUUUCAAAACCAGUGAUCAUGUGCCAAGUGAAAAACCAUUGCCUUCUGGCCCCAAAUCAGAUGUCUGGUCUCUUGGAAUCAUUUUAUUUGAGCUUUGUGUGGGAAGAAAAUUAUUUCAGAGUUUGGAUAUUUCUGAAAGACUAAAAUUUUUGCUUACAUUGGACUGUGUGGAUGAUACUAUAAUAGUUCUGGCUGAAGAGCAUGGUUGUCUGGACAUUAUAAAGGAGCUUCCUGAAAAUGUGACACAUCUUUUGAAGAAGUGCCUCACCUUCCAUCCUUCCAAGAGGCCAACCCCAGACGAAUUAAUGCAGGACAAGGUGUUCAGUGAAGUGUCGCCCUUAUAUACUCCCUUUACGAAACCUGCCAGCCUGUUUUCAUCUUCUCUGAGGUGUGCUGAUUUAACUCUGCCUGAGGACAUAAGUCAGUUGUGUAAAGAUAUAAACAGUGAUUACUUGGCAGAAAGAUCUAUUGAAGAAGUAUAUUACCUUUGGUGCUUAGCUGGAGGUGACUUGGAAAAAGAGCUUGUGAACAAGGAAAUCAUUCGAUCCAAACCACCUAUUUGCACACUCCCCAAUUUUCUCUUUGAAGAUGGGGAAAGCUUUGGACAAGGUCGAGAUAGAAGUUCACUAUUAGAUGAUACCACCGUGACGUUGUCAUUAUGCCAGCUAAGAAAUAGAUUAAAAGAUGUUGGUGGAGAAGCAUUUUACCCACUACUUGAAGAUGACCAGUCUAAUUUACCUCAUUCAAACAGCAAUAAUGAGCUGUCUGCAGCUGCUACUCUCCCUUUAAUCAUCCGAGAGAGGGACACAGAGUACCAACUAAACAGAAUCAUUCUCUUUGACAGGCUGCUAAAGGCUUAUCCUUAUAAAAAAAAUCAAAUCUGGAAAGAAGCAAGAGUUGACAUUCCUCCUCUUAUGAGAGGUUUAACCUGGGCUGCUCUUCUGGGAGUUGAGGGGGCUAUUCAUGCCAAAUAUGAUGCGAUUGACAAAGAUACUCCAAUUCCUACAGAUAGACAAAUUGAAGUGGAUAUUCCUCGUUGUCAUCAGUAUGAUGAACUGCUAUCAUCACCAGAAGGUCAUGCAAAAUUUAGACGUGUAUUGAAAGCCUGGGUGGUGUCCCAUCCAGAUCUUGUGUAUUGGCAAGGUCUUGACUCACUUUGUGCUCCAUUCCUAUAUUUAAAUUUCAAUAAUGAAGCCUUGGCUUAUGCAUGUAUGUCUGCUUUUAUCCCCAAAUACCUGUAUAACUUCUUCUUGAAAGACAACUCACAUGUAAUACAAGAGUACCUGACUGUGUUCUCUCAGAUGAUUGCCUUCCAUGAUCCAGAACUAAGCAAUCACCUCAAUGAGAUUGGAUUUAUUCCAGAUCUUUAUGCCAUCCCUUGGUUUCUCACCAUGUUUACUCAUGUAUUUCCACUGCACAAAAUUUUCCACCUCUGGGAUACUUUACUACUUGGGAAUUCCUCCUUUCCGUUCUGUAUUGGUGUAGCGAUUCUUCAGCAGCUGCGUGACCGGCUUUUGGCUAAUGGCUUUAAUGAGUGUAUUCUUCUCUUCUCUGAUUUACCAGAAAUUGACAUUGAACGCUGUGUGCGAGAAUCAAUCAACCUGUUUUGUUGGACUCCUAAAAGUGCUACUUACAGACAGCAUGCUCAACCUCCAAAGUCAGCUUCUGAUAGCAGCGGAGUCAGAAGUUCAACACCUUAUUUCUCCACUGAGUGUCCAGAUCCUCCCAAAACAGAUCUGUCAAGAGAAUCCAUUCCAUUAAAUGACCUAAAGUCAGAAGUAUCACCCCGGAUUUCAGCAGAAGACCUGAUUGAUUUGUGUGAGCUUACAGUGACAGGCCACUUCAAAACACCCACCAAGAAGACCAAGUCCAGUAAACCAAAGCUCCUGGUAGUUGACAUCCGAAAUAGUGAAGAUUUUAUUCGAGGUCAUAUUUCUGGCAGCAUCAACAUUCCAUUCAUCACUGCAUUCACUGCAGAAGGGGAGCUUACCCAGGGCCCUUACACUGCCAUGCUCCAGAGCUUCAGAGGGAAGGUCAUUGUCAUUGUGGGGCAUGUGGCAAAGCACACAGCAGAGUUUGCAGCUCAUCUUGUGAAGAUGAAAUAUCCAAGAAUCUGUAUUCUAGAUGGUGGUAUUAAUAAGAUCAAGCCAACAGGCCUCCUCACUGUCCCAUCUCCUCAGAUAUGAAGGACAAGAGUAUGGCUGACAAAAGGACAAAGUGGCAUCACCCCGGCAGCACAGCUCUUCACAGCCUUGCCACUCUAAGACAAAACUAGACUUCCAGGUUGUUGCAUUUCCAUAAAGUUUUGUCAUGAGACUUUUUUUUUAAUCUCAUGACCCAAAUGUUCAGCUAUCCAGGCAACAAACUUGACAGCACAUGUAUUGCUGAAAGAAUUUUCUUAACAGUGAAAUCCGAUCAUGUAUUUUCACCACACCAACACAAAGCCAGAAGAAUUCAGCUGACGAGGUAGAUUUAGCAUUAUCAAGAAAUCUCAGUUGCACUGAAAAAGCUGUUUUCCAUUGCACUGAACAGAGAGUCUCAACAAAGGUAUUCCUUACAAAUAUAUACUGAAUGCGGGCUGAGAUCAUCCUUCCAUGAUAAUGAAAAGUGAAAAGCUAUUCACAAUACAUUCCUUCUGAGUAAAUGCCACAUUGACAACUCCUUUUUGACUCAGACACGUGUGUGUGUGUGCGCGCGCAUGUGUGUUUAAAGGGAGAAGAAUUUAGCUCAUUGGAGAAAGUAAUAAUACUUUACCUCCAGAAAAAUGAAAGAAACCGUUCAUAUUAUAAGUUAUGUAUUCAUUUCCUAUAGCCAAGAAACCCAGAAUAAGAGUGACUUCAACUAGAUGUUUAUGUCUUUCUCACAUAAAUGUCUGCAUAGUCACUAUGGGGCUAGUAUGUUGGUUUCAUAAUGAUUGAGAACUCAGGUGUCUUUUCUUAUUCCUUUUCCUCCUCAACACCUGGUUUCUAGCUCAUGGAGCAAGAUGACCACUCUCCUCCCACCAUUAUAUCUCCAAUUUAGAAGGAAGGGGAUAAAGGAGGAGAGGGGGAAGAAGAGAAAAGGAGAAAAGAGAGAGGAAGGAAGGAGAAAAGAAGGAGAGAAGGGAGGGCAUGCUCCUUCUCUUUAAGGGCACAAACCGUAAGAUGCACAUAUUGCUUCUGCCACAUACCAUUGGCCAGAACUUAGACAUGUGGCCACAACUAGCUCUCAGGGAAACCUGGAGUACAGUUUUGGCCGCGCAACCAUCUACCCAGUAAAAACUGUUCUUACUGUGUGGGAAGAGGGGAACACACUGAAGGACAGCUGGCAGCCUCUGUCACAUUCUGAUAAACAUUAAGUAUUGGAGUUCCCUGGUGGCCUAGUGGUUAAGGACUGGGUGUUGUCACUGCUGUGGAUUGAGUUACUGCUGUGGCUCAAGUUUGAUCCCUGGCCCAGGAACUCCUGCAUGCCUCAGGCACAGCCAAAAAAAAAAUAAUAAUAAUUUUAAAAAAUUUUAAGUAAGUGUUUCAUUGAAUCUAAGAUACAUUACAGUUUUAGGUGCCAUGAAGAAAAAAAUGCAGUGAAAUAAACUGUGACAUACUGUCAAUUAUAUGAUUAAUUUCCAUUUCAGAAAUGUGAAAAAUAUGCAUUUUAGAAUUAUUAAGAUACAAUAUAUCUUUUUGACUAUCUUCAGUUUUGUUUUAACUAAAACAUAUUCUUUCAUCUUUAACUUAUAUUCCUUUUCAGUGUUAGGGCUGCCUUUGUAGAUCAUUUCAAUGACAGCCUCAAUUUAACUUUCUGGACUCUGGUUUUAUUAUUGCUGGUUGUAGGGGGGCAUCUUUUUAUUGAGAUAUAAUUUACGUACCAUAAAAUUCACCCCUUUAAAAUGUGCAUUUCAUGUUUUUUAGUAGAUUCACAAAAUUGUGCAAUCAUUCCUAACUUCCAAACAUUUUCAAAGCCCAAAAAAGAAAUCCUGUACCAAUUAUCAGUAUUCCCACUGAUUCUUCCCAAGAUCUUUAAUUUCUGAAUACGGAGUGACAUAAAUAUCCAGCUUCUUUCUUGCAUGUGGAUAUCAAGUUGUCCCAGUGGCCAUGUUAUUUUGUUUGUUUUGUUCAAUGAAAUUACAUUGAGUCAAUUACCAAAUACAUUUUGGAUACCUACUGUGUAUAAGACACUGACAUACUCAAUGGUCAUAUUAUUCUGUGAUUUUUAUGUAAUAUACAAAGAAAAAUGUGAAAAUUAAUGAGAAAAGAAAAUUUACCAUGAUUUCUCUAGCAUCAUUUUUGGGCUAUUAUCUACCCAGGUUAGGAAAAUAAGUACUCCCAUCUUUUCCUUCAGUCUUUGAUGACUUAUUUGACCCCAUAAUCAUAGUGCAGCACUGAUGAUCACUUGGAAGGAAUGGUUCUGAGUCUUAAUUUUGCCUUACUGAGAAAGCAGAGAAAGCUGGGGUGGCAAGGUGGUGGCAAAGAUUUGAACUGGAUGGGGAGGAAGGUAGCGAGAGAGGUUAAAGACCUGAGGGUUGUGAGGAGAGCUGGUGAGAAGACAGUGGUAGGCAGCCUCCAUCACAAUUUUGCAUUUGGUCUUUCUUAAAACUUGAUACUUUUAGGCUUUUUUUGAAAAAAAAAAUGGAAGAUUUUUAAGCAUUUAAAUUAUUAAUAAUAUUUACUCUUCUCAAUAGUAAAACAAGAAAGAGCAUACAAUCACUGCCAUGUUUAUGAUGUAGGGCGUGUUCUUUGAUGACAGAUGGUUUCAGUAAUGUUGACCUCAACAACUACUCGUUCAAUUAAACCUAUAUAACCCAUGA